UUAUUAACGCACUUUAUUAACAGGGAAAUGUCGUUGGCACAAUUGCUCAUUUCAAGGAUUUCUUUGUUUCUUACCAGACAUAUAUCACCAGAAUGGCCUCUGCAAGGCAACAUCUAACAGACAGUCUGCAAUGUCCAAUCUGCAAGGAACUUCUCACCAAGCCGAAGCUUCUACCUUGCUCACACACAUUCUGUGAAGGUUGUCUCACCCAACUCCACUCAACUCAAGCUCUGGGUAAUCAGAUAAAGUGCGCUGUGUGUCGCUCUGUUGCACCUCUAUCCAACAAUAAUGUAUCCAACUUUCCAACCAAUCGAAUUGCCCAGUCCCUUGCAGAAGAUUUCAAAGAGAGAUCGGACAGGAAGAGAGCGACCGAUUCAACGGAUGGCGCUUCUUCUGGCCAACGUUGCACUUUGUGUGAUGCUGAUGAUCAAGGACUUGCUACCUUCUACUGUCAGCAUUGUUCAGAAUUCCUUUGCGACUUUUGUCUUGAGCAGCACAAAAGGUUUACGCAAAUUGGCCAUCACGAGCUCGUUAGUGCUAGAUACAUCGCGUCAGGGGAAAUCAGAAUACAACUUGCGUGUAUAGAACAUCCCAGAGAACUGCAGCAGUUUGUGUGUAUCACAUGUCUGGUUCGCAUCUGUUGUAGGUGUUUGGAAGUGGGUCAUCAGUCUUACAGGCAUGAGGUCAUCGGAAUAAAAGAGUAUGAAAAGAGCCACAAAGCAGCAGUUGAUUCUUUGCAGGAAAAAAUAGAACAGAAAACUGCUUUGAUACAGAGACAAUCGUCCUUUGUGGAGGAGCGGAUUGGCAAGGUUGAAAAUAUUAUCGGUCAACGAAGGCACGAAAUCGAGAAUGUCUUUGAGGGUGCUGUCGAACGAAUACGACGAAGGAAAGAUCAACUGCUGGGAGAGUGCAACACCUAUCAGAAAUCGCUCUGCGAAGAUCUGAAAGGAAUCAUCCAGUGCUACGAUGACUACCUUGAAAACCUAACAGCCAAGAUUACUGUAGUCACCGAAGAUCUACUUCUCAACGCCUCGACCAGUCGUUGCCUGAGCGUGUCGCACGAGUUGCUGAGCUUGAGACUCUCGUGA